AAUUUAGUGCUUGUGAAAAAAAAAGGGGAAAAAAAAGGGUUUUGUGCGUAUCGCGCGCACAGAUAAGUGCCGCUUCAUCACCGAAUCAACUUAAAGCUUGGUGCAUGGCUUCGCGUCCGAGAGUGAUAUCGUUGUUUCACUGCUGCGGCGGAUAUCAGAGGAAGAUAGUGCGACGGAUCGCGCGGCUGGAUCGCCGAUGAGCCGUCGAGUGUGAUAGAAAAAGUGGUGCCUAUCGUCGAGUAAUACGACCGACGGCGCGAGAGGAUCGACCGCGAAAGAUGCUGACGUCCAGCGCGAAUCAGUAUCUCCGUCCUGAUCAUUACCUCACGCCGCUACCUACUACGCUGGAUGCGAAGAAAAGUCCACUCGCACUGCUCGCACAGACCUGCAGUCAGAUAGGAGCGGAUCCACCGUCCAACAAAUCAUUACUAAGUUCCUUGGACAAGACGUCGAGUAGCAGAUCAUCCAAAACGGAACAGUCUCGCGAGAAAUCCUCACCGACGAUAACAGUGUCAGCCACGGUGCCGACGUCGGCGAGCGAGUCCACGAAGACUAGUUUCAAGCCGUACGAAUCCUGCCUGGGACGUGAGAAAACGUGCACGCCGGACGAGUCGCGGUCGACGUCGAGCCACUCGACGUCCGGCCGAUCGAGGACACCCGGUAACGGCGGCAAACGAUGCCCGAGCAAUCAGAGUGCCGCGUCGACGCGCGCGGUCACGCCGCAAGGUAGGAAAACAGCAACGCCGAACGGCGAGGUCACGCGAGACUCGCCGGCUUCGAGAAGCUCGGCGCCUUCGGCGGACGCUUCGACGAGUCAGCCAACCGUGAGUAGUCCCUCGUUACAAGUGAAACCCGCCUACAGUCCCGUCAGCGUGCUCGCUAUGGCCGAUCCAUCAAUCAAGGAUCUCCCAUUGGGCACGUUUAAGCCUGGCGUCGGUCUACCAGUCUCCACCGCCGCCUACUUGGGCUACAGCCCCGGUCAGCUGCCCAUCGACGUGAUGGCCAAUUCGCUCAUGUCCCAUCACGCCGCCCUGAAGAACGGCAUCAACCCCUAUCUUUACGCGCGAUUGAAAAGCACCAGUGGACCCGCGGACAAUCUGAUGCCGAUAUGCCGUGAUCCCUUCUGCACCGGCUGCCAGCUCAACUCGCACCUACUGUCGAGCCCCGCGACGGCCGCGGCGGCGGUCGCCAGCAUCGCCAAUGGCAAGUUGCCGUCGGGUGCGAGCGCGACGCCGGGCUCCUGUCCGGCUGGGUGCGCUCAGUGUGAUCACAAACCCGGCAGCGUUUCGCCCUACGGCUCCUUGGUUUACGCGCACGCGCAACUCGCGGCAUUGGCCGGCACGCAGCUGCCCUACGUGUGCAACUGGAUCGCGGGUGACACCGCGUACUGCGGCAAGAGAUUCGGCACGUCCGAAGAGCUGCUGCAACAUCUCAGAAGUCAUACGAACGUAUCGGCGAGCGGCGCGACCGAUCCGGCGAGCGCGGCUGCCGCGCUCUCCCUACUGCCUGGGCCACCCCCGGCGCUCCACCCGGCGACUCAUCCUCUGUUCGCGAGGUCUUACCCUACGCCGCCUUUGAGUCCACUCGCCACCGCGCGCUAUCAUCCCUACGGGAAACCCUCGCCGCUCUUGGCGCCGUCUCUGUCGACGCUCGGACUGCCGCUUCCACCGCCGCCACCCCCGCCACCCCAUCCACACGCGACUGCCGGACUGGCGUAUUUCUCACCGUAUUCUAUCUACGGAUCUCGUCUAGGUGCCACCUCCGGGAUGCACCAGUGAGUUCUCGGCGAUGAGCGUUCUCGCGAGCGAAACGCUUCCGAGAUAAGUCGACCGGCGACCUGUGAUUCUGCUACUACGGAUUUGAGUACGUGAACGAAGAGCAUCGGUUUUCUACUGAAGCGGUGCUUUUGUCACGGAAUCUCUCGUGAAGGAAUUUGGAGUCGUAAAACGGAUAUCGAAGCGGUAGGAAUGUUUUUUUUUUCUCGAUUACUGUACACUUGGGGAAAAACUUAGUGUUAGCA